AUGGAUAUUGAUAAGGAUCCUUAUUGCAAGGCAUGGCCGUUGCAUUUCAGUGUGAUUGAGGAUGAUAAUGUAGAGGUUCCGGCGGACGACAAACUCUACUUCUAUAUUUUGGUUGUGGCUAGUUUCACCACUAUCUAUAUUUCAGAUGUGGGUAGUGAAGUAGUUCAAACAAGGGAGAACAGUGAUUCAUUUAUAAUUCCGCGUGAGAAUUUAUUGUCCGAUGGUAAGCAAGUCCUGUGGGCCAUCGUCUCCGGCAUGGUAGACGAUGUGGGUGUCCAGCCAAACGAAAGUAUGAUGGAGUCUAUCCAUAAAGUAGCUCAGAAUCUGGCGAUUGAGCCAGACAAUCAAAACAAGAAGAUUCUACCGUUUUUUGUGACAAUUUAUGUGGAAAAGUCUGUGGAUUCUAAAAGUUAUGAUGAAGAAGAAGGAGAAGAAGAUGAUGAUGAAGAAGAAGAAUUUGAUGAAGAAGAAGAAGAAUUUGAUGAAGAAGAUUUGAUAGAUUUUAUGGAAGAAGGGGAGGUGAGGCUGCCAGAGACUUCAUUGGAAGAGGAGAUGAGGUGGUGGCCGAAGAUGGAAAUCUGUUCCGCAGCGGAAUUAGAUGGCGGAGAAAAUUGUGUAAUUUGUCAAGAUGAGUUGAGUUCUAUGGAUGAAAGGGAGUUGAAAAGAAUGGGAUGUUGCAGACAUGUUUUCCAUGGUGAAUGCAUCUAUAAGUGGCUUAAUCUCAAUAAUGUGUGUCCUCUUUGCAGAUUCCAGGUAAUUUGAGAGUACAGAUGGUACCGAUUUCUGUCUCCAACAGGCUUCUCCUUAAGUUCUCAGACGUUUCAGAAUUCGAUUUCGAUUGUAC